UGCGACAGAGCCACACACCCAGCCGGCCGCCGGCCCGGGCUCCCUCACACCCGCCGGUCUGCCCUGCACAUUGUCGCUGGUCCCACCGUUCUCGGGACCCGCCAGCCUGUUGCUGCCGAGAGGGACGGACAGCUGGGCCAACAGGUGGGCAGGCCUGAGCUCAGCCCCCAGGCCCCCUCCCCGCCCCGCAUGCCAGCCGGCCACCCAGGCCCGGGCUCCUGCGGCCUCCUAGACAGGUCUCGGACAUGGAGGAGCUGACCAUCUGGGAGCAGCACACGGCCACGGUCUGCAAGGACCCCCGCCGUGGCUUUGGCAUUGCCAUCUCUGGCAGCCGGGACCGGUCCAGUGGCGCGGUGGUCAUUUCCGAUGUGGUGCCUGGAGGGCCGGCCGAGGGCAGGCUGCAGACUGGGGACCAGAUCGUCAUGGUCAACGGGGUCUCCAUGGAGAACAUGACCUCCAGUUUCGCCAUUCAGAUCCUUAAGACGGGCACCAAGGUGGCCAACAUUACGGUGAAGCGACCCCGGAAAAUCCAGCUGCCCGCCACCGGGGCCGGAGGGGCCGGCCUGGGACACCAGGACUCGGACGACGAGGCCGACCGCGGCCGGGGCUACGACGGGGACACAUCCAGCGGCUCCGGCCACUCCUGGGGCGAGCGCUCCCGCCGGCCGAGGGGGGGUCGCCGGAGCCGGGCCGGUGGCUCCGAGGCCAAUGGGCUGGCCCUGGUGUCCGGCUUCAAGCGGCUGCCGCGGCAGGACGUGCAGAUGCGGCCCGUGAAGUCGGUGCUGGUGCGGAGGACGGACAGUGACGAGUUCGGGGUCAAACUGGGCAGUCAGAUCUUCAUCAAACACAUCACGGAUUCGGGGCUGGCUGCGCGGAACCGCGGGCUGCGGGAGGGGGACCUCGUCCUACAGAUCAACGGGGUGUCCAGUGAGAAUCUGUCGCUGAGCGAUACUCGGCGACUGAUCGAGAAGUCGGAAGGGAAGCUCACCCUGCUGGUGCUCCGAGACCGAGGGCAGUUCCUGGUGAACAUCCCGCCGGCCGUCAGUGACAGCGACAGCUCCCUCAUGGAGGACAUCUCGGAACUCGGCUCAGAGGUGUCUCAGGUGCCGCCCUCCCACAUCCCGCCGCCACCCCGGCACGGGCGGUGGAGCCCAGAUGGCAGCCGAUCCAACUCCCCUGUGGAGAGCCCCCGGCUUCGGCGGGAAGGUUCCGGGGACUCCAGAAGCAUCUCAGAACCAGACUCCGCCAGGCCGCGCAGCUAUGACAUCUACAGGGUCCCGAGCACUCAGAGUGUGGAGGACCGUGGGUACAGCCCCGACUCUCGGGUGAUCCGCUUCUGCAAGGGCGCGAGCAUCGGGCUGCGGCUGGCGGGGGGCAACGACGUGGGCAUCUUCGUGUCGGGGGUGCAGGCUGACAGCCCGGCCGACGGGCAGGGCAUCCAGGAAGGCGACGAGAUUCUGCAGGUGAAUGACACGCCGUUCCGGAACCUGACCCGCGAGGAGGCCGUGCAGUUCCUGCUGGCGCUGCCGCCCGGCGAGGAGGUGGAGCUGGUGACACAGCGGAAGCAGGACAUCUUCCGGAAAAUGGUGCAGUCCCGUGUGGGCGACUCCUUCUACAUCCGCACCCACUUCGAGCUGGAGGCCAGCCCGCCGUCCUGCCUGGGCUUCACCCGGGGGGACGUCUUCCACGUGGUGGACACGCUAUACCCGGGCCCCGGGCAGAGCCACUCCCGUGGAGGCCACUGGCUGGCGGUGCGCGUGGGCCGGGACCUCCGGGAGCAGGAGCGGGGCAUCAUUCCCAACCAAAGCAGGGCGGAGCAGCUGGCCAGUCUGGAGGCGGCCCAGCGGGCCCUGGGGACGGGGCCCGGCGCCACAGCGGCCUCCAACACGCGGGCCGAGUUCUGGCGGCUGCGGGGUCUUCGUCGGGGCGCCAAGAGGACGACCCAGCGGAGCCGAGAGGACCUGUCUGCUCUGACCAAGCAGGGUCACUACCCACCGUACGAACGCGUGGUGCUGAGAGAAGCCAGCUUCAAGCGCCCCGUGGUGAUCCUGGGACCCGUGGCAGACAUCGCUAUGCAGAAGCUGACUGCUGAGAUGCCUGACGAGUUUGAAAUCGCAGAGAGCGUGUCGAGGACGGACAGCCCCUCGAAGGUCAUCAAGCUGGACACCGUGCGGGUCAUCGCCGAGAAGGACAAGCACGCGCUCCUGGACGUGACCCCCUCGGCCAUCGAGCGCCUCAACUACGUGCAAUACUACCCGAUCGUCGUCUUCUGCGUCCCCGAGAGCCGCGCGGCCCUCAAGGCGCUGCGCCGGUGGCUGGCCCCCGCCUCCCGCCGCAGCACGCGCCGCCUCUACGCGCAGGCGCAGAAGCUGCGCAAGCAUAGCGACCACCUGUUCACAGCCACCGUCCCCCUGCGCGGCACGAGCGACGCCUGGUUCCAGGAGCUCAAGGGCAUCAUCCGCGAGCAGCAGACGCGGCCCAUCUGGACGGCCGAGGACCAGCUGGACGGCUCCUCCGACGACAACCUGGACCUCCCGCUGCGCGGCCUGGGCGACAGCUCGGCGGACCUGAGCUGCGACAGCCGGGUCAACAGCGACUACGAGACGGACGGCGAGGGCGGCGUCUACACGGACGGCGUCUACACAGACGGCGACUACACGGACGGCGAGGGUGGGCGGCACACGGACGGGGACGAGGAGCCCCCCGUGCCGGCCCUGGCUCGGUCCUCGGAGCCCGUGCUGGCGGACGAGCCCCCGAGCCCGCGGGGUCACCGGGCGGCCCAGGUGGACAGCCGCCACGUGCAGGCUCCGAGGCGACAGGACAGCAUGCGGAUGUAUGAGCAGGAAGCUUUGCGGAAGAAGUUCACACGAGCGCGAGACGUGGAGUCCUCCGAUGAAGAAGGCUACGCCUGGGGCCCGGCCACCGAUCUGUGACCCCUCCCUGGAGCUGGGCCUCAGUUUCCCAUCCAGGACCCGGACCCCUGCCUCCUUCCCCGUGGUGUUUAAUAAAUGGAGUAUUUUCGCA